AUGUCUCCUCCCCCUGCGGCUUCUCCCCCCUUCUCCCACGCAGCCAGCCUCGCCCACUACGAGACCAAGAACUCGUUCGAGCUCAUGGUCAUGGCGAAGCUGCGUUGCAUCUCUGAUGCGGGUGAGAAUCAGGAGAUUAUCGCGCGGCUGAUGGCGCAGGAUAGGGAGAAUGGGACUUGGCCUGGGAAGUACGAGGGGCCUGGGGCGGCUGCGAUGAAGACCGAUAUUGUUGCGGCUGAGAAGAAAGGCGAGGAUGGGGAAGAGGUGGUUAUGGCGCCGGUCGAGCGAAUUUUAGUCAAGGAAGAGAGGACGCCUGAGGCUGGAGUUGGGGGUGAGGGAAGGGCGGAUCACGUGCCUGUUGCGAUCGUCUCUGGAGACAGACGCGGUCGUGCUGCGACUGCCAACACCGCGGCGACUAGCACGAGGAGCAGAAGCCCCAUCAUCCCCCUGUCACAAUUGGCAAAAGAAUGGGAUCAAGAUUGGGGCGCACCUUUCGCUUUCCCCCUCGCCGCUACCACCGGCUCGAAACCCCAAGCCAAAGCCAAACCCGUGACUCCCACUGAGUCUGUCUCCAGUGGCUCAAAGUCACCCGUCACACCCGCCUCUCCCCGCUCGCAAACCUCUCGUGUAUCUCUGGCAACUCCUGCCUCGUCCCCUCCAACCAUCCCGGCUUCAUUGAAGUCGAAUCCGUAUAACCUUCUCAUGAGCGAUGAGCAGGACGAUGAUGAAGAUGAGGACGAAGAAGAAGAAGAAGAAGAAGAAGAAGAGGAGAGCGAGAACGAGGGGCUCAUCAUCCCCCUGAAAAUGUACACGGAGAAGGCCAGGGCUGCCGCCGAGUCUACGGGAGCUGAGAUCACGUAUGCGGCAACAUCCAGUAGUAAGGAUGCUGUCGCUGCUCCUACGGAACAGACGGAGAAUCUCCCGGCUCCCGAUUCGUUGGCCAGUUUCGAGCCGUCUGAGGUUAUGUCGGCGCCUGGGGGAGAUGUGAUGACUGAGGCUCCUGUUGUUGUGAGGGACUUUGGUGCUAUGGUUUCGAAUUCGCCCUCGUCAUCGCGGUCACUCAAAGAAGCAGCCCACAAGUCCGACGUAGCUGCCUUCUACAACAUGCCUCCCCUCUCGCCCGUUCAACCAGCCACGUCAACGAAGAACACGCCCGUACAGGUCUUCGUGAGCGCUCCUCCAUCGCCGCCGUCAUCGCCACCACAGCACACUCACACCGUCCCGUCGUCUUCCGCGCCGACCAAAAAGACUCAUCAGCGGCGCAAACCAGACAAGGUCACCGCACCCUCGAAUAUGUAUGACGUUCUGAUCACUGACGAUCCCGUCGACGCUGACGACACCGCCUCUGCCCUCGUUGACACCGACGACGAACGUGAUGGCGAUAGCGACGUAAAGACUGCGCCGGUUCCAGGGGCGCAGAAGAAAAAGAACAGGAGGCGCGGAAAGAAAGGUGGAAAGAAGGUGCAGGCGAUGAAGCAGAAGGUGGAGCAGGCUGUGGAGGUUCCUGUUGUUGUUGCGCCUGUACUCCAGCAGACGGUAGCGAUGUCGGUGAAGGUGGGGAAGAAGAUGGAGUUGUCGCAGGCGCUGGGUGUCGCGGCGAUUGUCAUGGUUUUGGUUGCGCUUUUGGGGGCUCGCGUCCUAGGUUAG